UGAGAUCAUAUCUAUGACGUCCGAACAAAUUUAAUGAGACCUUUUUUGUCAAAAUGUACUUAAAAUGAUCGGAUGCUUUGUAACAUAACCCUAAUAAUGUGGCACGUGUAUUAGGCAUAUACAUUUGAAAAUAAUGAUGACUAGUGUAGAGAAUUCAUUAAUAAUUUUAAUUCAUAUAAAUCUUUAAAUUUCUUUUUAUCAUCUUGCUGCUUAACUUAAAAAGAAAGUUUUCAUUCCAAUCUUUUUAAUAAAAUAUGGAAGAAGAAGAUGAAGUUUUUAUGAAACUGACACAACAAUGCGAAAGUCAUACUCCAGCAUUAAGCGUUUAUCAUUCACUACAAGACAAUUUAAAUUAUGGAUCACAACAAACUAUAUAUCGUAGUCCCAGAAAUACGUUAUAUGAAGAUGCCAUAAGUAUGAACAGUUUAUACAGCCGAACAUCACCUCAAAACAAUGGUUCCUUGAAUGAUGAUGAUAUAUUGCCUGUUGAUAACGAAACUAAUGAGGCUAUUAUGAAUGGAAGCUGUAGCGAGAUAAAUCAAUCCGAUAGUUCUACAAGAUUUAGUUUAUUCUUUAAAGAUAAGAUUCGUUCUGUUGAUUUUGUACUGGUUUGGGAUGACUUUGAUGGAGAAGCAAAAACAUACCGUAGUGUGGAACAUAGACGGGUAUUUGAGACAAAUCUACAAAAAGAAGGUUUAGAAUUAGAGUAUGAACCGGUAGAAGCAAAUGGUCUGCAUUUUAUAAAAAUUCAUGCCCCUCGGGAAGUCCUACGGCGAUAUGCAGAAAUAUUAAAACUUAGACUUCCAAUGAAAGAAAUACCCGAAUUAGUAAAUCCUCCAACACAUAAUAACGUUAUAAUCAAUGAAGUAAAUUCGUUUUUUAAAAGAAUUAUGAAACAUUAUUAUGUUGAUACAACUAUUUUUCCAGCGAUUAAGCAUAAAUUUACUGCCAUAUAUAGUCGAGAUAAAGAAUACUUAUUUGAUUUAGAUUCUCCUAACUUUUUUACUUCUGCAAUACGAUCAAGAAUAGUCCAAUUUAUUUUGGAUAGAACACGAUUUGCUAAAACCAAGAAUGACGAUUUUGCAUUUGGUAUUGAACGACUUAUUUCUGAAAGAUCAUAUGUGGCAGCAUAUCCAUUACAUGAUGGUAAUCUUCAUACUGAGGAUUCUAUGCGAUAUCUUUUGUACACUGAAUGGGCUAGUGUAAAAAAAUGUCUUCAUUAUCAACCAUUGGACUAUGUAAAAGAAUAUUUUGGAGUAAAAAUUGGAUUAUAUUUUGCUUGGUUGGGAUUUUAUACACACAUGUUAAUACCAGCUAGUAUAGUUGGGCUCCUUUGUUUUAUAUACAGUUGUGCUACCUUAUAUUCUAAUGAACCUAGUGAAGAUAUAUGUAAUGGCAAUGGUACUAUUGAUAUGUGUCCAUUAUGUGAUCAUUUUUGUGGAUAUUGGGAUCUCAAAGAAACAUGUUUACAUGCUAGAAUAACAUACUUAUUUGACAAUCCUUCUACUGUCUUUUUCGCUGUAUUUAUGUCAUUAUGGGCCACUUUAUUUUUGGAACUUUGGAAGAAAUAUUCAGCCGAAAUAACUCAUAGAUGGGAUAUAACAAGUUUAGAUGCUCAAGAAGAACAUCCUAGACCAUUAUACUUAGCAAGACUUGCACAUAUUAAAAAAAAAUCUCUCAAUAUUAUUACAAAUGCAGAAGAACCAAAAGUUCCAUAUUGGAAAAUGAAACUUCCUGCCAAAAUUCUUAGCUUCUCCGUUAUUUUAUUACUAAUAGCAGUAGCAAUGGCUGCUGUACUAGGAGUAGUCCUAUACAGAAUGUCUGUUUUAACUGCACUAAGUUUUUAUGGUCAUCCUAUGGUUACUAGUUAUGCUAUAUUAUUUACAACUGCGACUGCGGCUACUAUUAAUUUAGGAUGUAUUAUAGUAUUUAAUUGGGUGUAUGUUUGGUUAGCUGAAUAUUUAACAGAGAUCGAACUCCUUCGUACACAAACUGAGUUUGAUGACAGUUUGACUUUAAAAAUAUAUUUGCUCGAAUUUGUGAAUUAUUAUGCUUCAAUAUUCUAUAUCGCAUUUUUCAAAGGAAAAUUUGUUGGAUACCCAGGAAAUUAUAAUCGUUUUUUUCAUUUUCGACAAGAAGAAUGUGGUCCUGGUGGUUGUCUUAUGGAAUUAUGUAUUCAACUUAGUAUUAUUAUGAUUGGAAAACAAGCAAUGAAUACAAUUUUAGAAAUGUUAUAUCCAUUAUUUUUUAAAUGGUUGAACACUUUAAAAGUUCAUGUUGGUGCUCGAAAAGUCACGAAAGAAGAAAAAAAUGGUUUUAAGAAAGACCCUCAAUGGAUUAAAGAUUAUAAAUUAGUACAAUUUGGACCUAGAAGUUUAUUUCCUGAAUAUUUGGAGAUGGUAUUACAAUAUGGAUUUGUUACUAUUUUUGUUGCUGCCUUUCCACUGGCACCGUUUUUCGCUUUAUUAAAUAAUGUUCUUGAAAUGCGAUUAGAUGCGAAAAAGUUAUUAGUAAUGUUUCGCCGACCUGUUGGGCAACGUGUUACAGAUAUCGGUAUAUGGUACAGAAUUCUUGAUUCAAUUUCUAAAAUAUCAGUCAUAACUAAUGGAUUCAUCAUAGCUUUCACAUCUAAUUUUAUACCACGUUUAGUUUACCUAAUGUCAAUUUCUGAUAAAUACAGUUUAGAAGGCUUUUUAGAUUAUUCUUUAGCAAAAUUUAAUAUCAGUGAUUUCGAAAAUAAUACUCAACCGAUGAGCGUAAAUAAUCAACGAACAGUGGAAAUCUGUAGAUAUCCAGAUUUUAGGGAACCACCAUGGUCAAAAAAUAAAUACCAGUAUACCAUUACAUUUUGGCAUAUCUUAGCAGCCAGAUUAGCUUUCAUUGUAGUAUUUGAGAAUAUAGUAGCCUUGGUUAUGAUUCUUGUACGUUGGUGCAUUCCUGAUAUCAGUCCAAAACUACGAGAUAAGAUACGCCGUGAAGCAUACAUUACUAAUGAAAUUAUUAUACAUCAAGAAGCAUUGCGUGCAAGUGUACAACCACACACGAGUACAGAAGAACCUCAACAAUAUGUUUUAAGUAAUGAAAGUGCAGAUAGAUGGAAUAGAGUUAUGAGAGGAUCAUUAUCCAAUUCUGAAUUUGAUUUAGAAGUCCAUGGAAGUCCUGUGUCUCCUGUUUCUACAACAUCUCGAGUUGGUCCAGCUGCAUUAUAAAGUUUUGGAUAAAAAUUUGAAUCACAUAUGAAUUUAAUAAUUAUAACUUUAAUACUCGCUUUUAUAUGUGUAUAAAAAAUAUAUAUAUAUCUAUACAUAUGCUAAGUUAUUAAAGAUUUAAAAAAUAUUUUAUCUAUUUAUAAAAUAAAAUUUUGUUUGUUUUUCUAUC